AUGCUUUCUACCUUACCUUUGGGCCUUGCUGCUCUCGCAACACUAGUCGUCGCCUCACCAUCGCCUAGCACUGAAUCUAUCCAACAUGUCGCGCUGAAGCGACAAUCACAGCCGCGUAGAACGCCAGAGGAGUUUGCGUCUUGGGCGAAGUUGCACCGGGAUAUGCUGAGGACUAAGUAUCUUGGAACAUCUUCAUCACAAAAGCGGGCAGAGGGAACGAAUCUCCUCGUCAACCAAAACCUAGACUCAAGCUUCUUUGGUUCACUAGCUAUCGGUACACCUCCGGUUGCGUUCAACGUGAUACUUGACACCGGCUCUUCCGAUUUAUGGCUGGCCGACAACGACUGCAUAACGGGGUGCACCGAUGUCCCUACACUCGACACCUCGUCGUCAUCAACUUUCGUCAACCAAUCAGAAACGUUCUCAAUUCAGUACGGAAGUGGAAGAGCCCAGGGCUCCCUGGGUCAAGAUGUCGUUCAGAUGGCCGGCUUUUCGGUCCCUAAUCAAGUUUUCGGCGUGUGCGAUCGGGUCUCUGCCAAUCUACUCAAUAGUCCCGUCUCAGGCCUCCUAGGGCUAGGAUGGGAGUCGAUUGCUUCAUCAAAAGCGAAGCCAUUUUGGCAAACCCUCGUCUCAAAUGGUGCAUGGGAUCAGCCGGUCAUGGCAUUCCAGCUGACCAGAUUCAUCAACGAUACCUCCGCCGAUGUGCUUGCUCCUGGUGGCACGUUCACUAUGGGAGCCGUGAACUCUAGCCUGUAUACCGGUGAUAUUGACUACGUCAACAUUCCUUCGGGGAAGGAGUCGUAUUGGUUGAUACCUCUCGAGACUUUGACUGUCCAGGGCAAUACCGUUUCUAUUCCUACGGGGGAUAGCUCAUAUGCCGCUAUUGAUACUGGGACAACCCUUGUCGGAGGGACAAGCGACGCCAUUGCCAACAUCUUCGCUCAAAUACCUGAUUCAUCGCCAGCGACGGGUAACCUCGAUGGCUAUUGGACCUAUCCCUGCGACACUUCCGUAAAUGUCACGAUGAAUUUUGGCGGUCGGACGUGGGCCAUCAGCCCAGCUGACUUCAUCCUGCAACGCUCAGUAGACGGUGAACGUUGCGUCGGUGCAUUCUUCGAGAUUGGCACGACCACUGGGACAAGCUCGCUAAGUUGGAUAGUUGGGGACACGUUCCUAAAAAAUGUUUAUUCUGUCUUCCGCUACGACCCGCCGUCGGUUGGGUUUGCUGAGCUAUCGGCGGCGGCGCUAGCACAGAACGGUGUCAACGGUCUCGUCCCGGAUCCAACAAUUGGCUCAGUGGCCGCGACAGUUUCCGCUACUGGCGGUCUCAGAAGUGAACGCAAUGGAUCUGGGAGGGUGGCGGUUUCGUGGUGGACCAGUCUAGCGGCUACGGCAGGCCUUAUAAUGGCUUGGUAG